GCCGGGAGGCUAGAGUUGGGGAGGAUCGUGGGGACAGUAUCGCGGAGUAGGGGCGGAGGAGGGACUAGCUCCGGGGUUAAGAAGAGGAAAUGGGAUGUUGGAAGGAGAAGAAAAAAAAAAGAGGGAGAUGGGGCGGAGAGGAGGGGGCCUAGGAUCCCGCGACGGCCCUGGGGGAGGGGCCCGGGGCGGGGGAAGCACAAGUAGGUGUGCAGGUCCUAGGGAAGCAGUUGCGAAUUGGAGGAGAAUUUCUAAACCGAAGAGUCAAGAACCAUGGAGUUUGUGGCCGAGGCCCGACUGUACUGGGCCAGUAGGAAAGAGGUCUCUCACGUGUUGGAGGAUAGUGGGGAAGAGGGGAAGAGAGACGAGACCUGGAGGAUGCUGGGCAGGUUUGGUAUGGAGAAAACUAAAGCGUCAGAUGACCCUUCUGCAGACUUAGAUCAUCCUUUCCAGAGUUCCUAUAGCAUCUGCCCCAAUUUCAGCUGAAGACUCAGGGGCCCCAGGGCCUGGAAGAAAUCACAAUACCUGCUUGGAAAGAAGAAGAGGUAGCGACUUGCCCGAGCUCAACCCCAGAGCGGCUCCGGAGUUGGGCUGCUCUCAACCAAGCUGUCUGUUUAUAUGGAGUGCCUGGAGGGCGUCUGCCAUGAGUCUGUCGCUAACCGUGCUAACCAGGAGAGCUGGCUGGUGGGGGAGAAGACACUAACCCUUUUCAGGAGCUGUUGGCUAGAGGAAGUGGAGGGGCCGUGGGAUGCAGAGAGUCGAGGGCUAACUCCAGGACAGCGGAACAGAGAGAGCUGCCGACAGUCAGACGCAGGUUGAGAAUCCCUCACAUCCAAGAAUGACCAGUGCGGCCCCUGCUAAGAAACCGUACCGCAAGGCACCCCCCGAGCACCGGGAGUUGCGGCUGGACGGUCCAGGAUCCCAGCUGGAGCAGGAGGAACCCCUGACUGAUGCGGAGAGGAUGAAGCUCUUGCAGCAGGAGAAUGAGGAGCUCCGUCGGCGCCUGGCCUCGGCCACCAGGCGCACUGAGGCCCUGGAGCGCGAGCUGGAGAUUGGGCAGGACUGCUUGGAGCUGGAGCUGGGCCAGAGCCGUGAGGAGCUAGACAAGUUUAAGGACAAGUUCCGCAGGCUUCAGAACAGCUACACGGCUUCUCAGAGGACCAACCAGGAGUUGGAGGACAAGCUGCACACGCUGGCCUCUCUUAGCCACAGCUGGAUCUUUGCAAUCAAGAAGGCUGAGAUGGAUAGGAAGACGCUGGAUUGGGAGAUCGUGGAGCUGACCAAUAAGCUGCUGGAUGCCAAGAACACCAUCAACAAACUGGAGGAGCUCAAUGAGCGGUACCGGCUUGACUGCAACCUGGCUGUGCAGCUCCUCAAGUGCAACAAGUCCCACUUCCGCAACCACAAGUUCGCUGAUCUGCCCUGUGAGCUACAGGACAUGGUCCGGAAACAUCUGCACAGUGGUCAAGAAGCUGCCAGCCCUGGCCCCGCCCCUAGCCUGGCACCAGGGGCUGUGGUCCCCACGUCAGUCAUCGCCCGAGUGUUAGAGAAGCCAGAGUCUCUGCUGCUUAAUUCGGCGCAGUCAGGCAGUGCUGGGCGCCCCUUGGCUGAGGAUGUCUUUGUGCAUGUGGACAUGAGUGGGGGUGGCCUGGGUGAACCUGCCAGUCCCCCCGCCCCUGGCAGCCCCACCCCACAACCCAAUGGAGAAUGCCACUCUCUGGGCACUGCCGGGGCCUCCCCAGAGGAGGAAUCGCCCUUGCCAGCCUUUGAGAAGCUGAGUCCCUAUCCCACCCCAUCUCUACCACACCCGCUCUAUCCUGGCCGCAAGGUCAUAGAGUUCUCUGAGGAUAAGGUGCGAAUCCCCCGCAACAGCCCCCUGCCCAACUGUACUUACGCUACGCGCCAGGCCAUUUCCUUGAGCCUAGUGGAGGAGGGCGGUGAGCGGGCCCGCCCCAGCCCAGUGCCCAGCAGCCCCGCCUCGGCCCAGGCAUCACCCCACCAUGAGCCCAGCCCUCUUCCCCCAGUACUCAGUGCCCCAGCCAGCUCUGCCAGCUCCGAGGAGGACCUGCUCGCCAGCUGGCAGCGGGCAUUUGUGGACCGCACUCCACCCCCAGCCUCUGUGGCCCAGCGCACAGCCUUCGGACGCGAUGCGCUCCUUGACCUGCAGCACCAUUUUGCUCUUAGUCCCACCGACGGAGAUGAGGAGGUUCUGGCACCUUCUCCACCUAGUGAGAGUGGGCUUUUGCUGCCCCUGGAAGCUGACCCUGGCCUUUCCAGGGGGGAGGAGGAAGAGCUGAACCUGCCCAUCAGCCCUGAGGAAGAACGCCAGAGUCUGCUGCCCAGUGAUGGUGGCACGGAGGAGGGGCCGGUCACUUCCCACACUGAGGGCCGGGCCUGGGCACUCCCCAACUCCAGCCGCCCCCAGCGCAGCCCCAAGAGGAUGGGGGUGCACCACCUGCACCGCAAGGACAGCCUGACUCAGGCCCAGGAGCAGGGCAAUCUGCUCAACUAGGGUGCCUGCUUGCUUUCCUGCCAUGGCUACACUGGGACCAUGGGAGCCCCCCUACCCUGCCCCAGAGCCCUCCUCCCUCAGGCCAGCACCACUCUGCUCCCUGUGCAGGGUUGGGGGAGAGGGGGAGAGCACACCGGGCUUUUUAGGUGCAUUGACUAUGACUGGCCCCAGCUUGCCUCGUACCUUUCCCUUUUCUUUAUAGAGUAUGUACUUCCCAAAGGUAACAUGCAGCUGGGGCUCUAGACCUUUCUUCCGGUCAGCCCAAACUGGGCUGUUUUGGGGUGCUGACAGGUCUGUUACAUCAGUGUUCAUCUUCCAUCCCCAUUUCGUACCCACAAAUGGUUUUCUUAUUUGUUUUCCGAGGGUGGGAGGGGAAUGUCAUUUGGAUUAUUAACUUCUAAUUUCUAUUUUCUGCCUGCUUUCCUCUCCUCAAGUCCUCUGCACAAGCUGUUGCAUUCAAGGGGUCCUUGGGGGAUGAGGGAGAGGACUCACUCAGGGCUUGCCUCAGCUGUGUCCAUCCUCUCUCUGGAAGGGAGAAGAGGGAGGGAUUUGGGGGCCUCAAGCUGGGCUGUGGGUGAGGCCUGGCCCCCUCCCAACCUUGGCUCUAGACUGUUACUCCCAGCUUUGGGAUGUUUUCACAUCAAUGACUAUUUUAAAAUUAAAACUAUUUUACUGA